CAACGGACAAUCGUUGAGCUCAAAUAACGCCGAUCUAAUCGGGCCUGGUUUGCUUCUGUCCUAUUUUUUCGUUUACUUCGUUUUAUUGGACUAUUUUUAAUUUCUUAUGGAGUCUAAAAAAAACAUUUCAAUGCGGGGAGGAUUGCGACGGCGACGUGCGGCCUGCCUCUUUGUCUUUUGGUGCUUUUUUCUGAAUGCGACCGAGGCCCAAAUCCGCUACUCAAUUCCCGAGGAGAUGAAAAAAGGCUCGCUGGUGGGAAAUGUGGCCCAAGAUCUCGGUUUGGAUCUGAAAAGACUCCGUUCUGGGCGGGCCCGCAUCGUCACCGGGGAGAGCGUCCAGUACGCCGAGCUGAGGGCGGACAAAGGGCUCCUGGUUGUCCGUGAGAGGAUCGACCGAGAACGGCUGUGUGGAGACGUGACGCCGUGCAGCUUCACCUUCGAGAUUUUGUUGGAAAACCCCAUGGAAUUGCACCCCGUCACCAUCGAGGUGGUGGACGUCAACGACAACGCUCCCACUUUUGAAAAUCAUCAUUUGCGAUUUGAAAUAACUGAAUCUGCUGCACUUGGCUCCCGUUUUAUUUUGGAGAGUGCGUAUGAUGCCGAUGUGGGGACAAACGGUGUGCAAAGUUACAUUUUGACACCGAGUGAUAAUUUUGUGUUAAAGCAACACGUCAGUCCCGGAGGAAGUAAAUAUGCAGAAAUGGUCCUGCAGAAAGCCUUGGACAGGGAACAACAGCCUCGACUUUCACUUAAAUUAGUGGCUGUGGAUGGAGGAAGUCCGCAGAAGUCAGGUACAGUUAAUAUAGAAAUUCAGAUUUUAGACAUUAAUGAUAAUGUUCCUGUAUUUAAUCAAACUCUGUAUAAAGCUAAGGUGAUUGAAAAUGCAGCAAAAGGCACUCCCGUUGUGACUGUGAAUGCCACAGACGCAGAUAGCGGUUCAAAUGGGAAAGUAACAUACACAUUUUCAAAGUCAAAAGCAGGAAAAGUAGAUUUAUUUCACAUUGAUGAGAUGACAGGAUGCAUUUCUGUCAAAAACCAAAUCGAUUAUGAAAAAGACAAAACAAUCGAAUUCAUGGUUGAAGCCAAAGAUCAAGGAGGGCUGAGUGAGUCUACAAAAGUUGAAAUCGAAGUCGUGGAUCUGAAUGACAAUGCCCCCAUCCUCAAUGUGAUGUCCUUCACGAGUCCCAUUUCAGAAGACUCCCCGGCCGGUACCACCAUUGGUAUCAUAAAUGUGAAGGACCAGGAUUCUGGCGACAACGGUCACGUGAGCUGCACGAUCGAAGGCCGCGUGCCAUUUCGGAUGAAGUCCAGCUUGAGAAAUUAUUUCACCUUAAUGACCGACGCCGAUUUCGAUCGUGAAAGUGUGUCCGAAUACAACAUCACAGUUGUUGCGUCCGACGCCGGCUCGCCCCCCCACUCCACCAAGAGAACUUUUCAUUUGAAAGUUUCGGACGUCAACGACAACGCUCCUGCGUUUCCGGUCAGCUUUUAUCAAGCCACCCUCGCCGAAAACAACUCACCGGGUGCUUCUGUGCUGAGAGUUAGUGCCAAAGACCCGGACGAAAACCAGAACGCUCGUGUCUCCUACAUGUUGGAGCCGGGCGAGAUCGGGGGAACUCCCGUGGCCGAAUUUGUGUCCGUCAACGCCCAAAGUGGAAUUAUCAGCGCCCUGCGCUCCUUGGACUACGAGCAAAUCAAGCGUUUGGACUUUGCGGUGCGAGCGCAGGACGGAGGCUCCCCUCCUCUCUUCAGCAACGUGAGCGUGGGCGUCCUGAUCCGGGACCAGAACGACAACGCCCCUCAGGUCCUGUACCCGGUCCAGACGGGCGGCUCGGGGCCGCACGCCGAAAUGGUGCCUCGUUCGGCGGACGCGGGCUACCUGGUGACGAAAGUGGUGGCGGUGGACGUGGACUCUGGCCAGAACGCCUGGCUCUCCUACAAAGUGCAGCAGAAAUCUUCCCCCGACAGGGGGGCGCUGUUUGAAGUGGGCCUCCACAAUGGAGAAAUGCGAACCGUCCGCCAAGUGACCGAUAAAGAUGCCGUCAAACAAAGACUGACCAUCGUAGUGGAGGACAACGGGCAGCCCUCUCGUUCGGCUACGGUGGUGGUUAACGUGGCGCUGGCGGACGGCUUCCCCCAAGUGCUGAGGUCGGAGUUCGCCGACGAGGACGAGCGGGAGGCCGACGAGCGGCUGACUUUUUACCUGGUCUUGGCUUUGGCUGUGGUCUCCUUCCUCUUCGUGGUCUGCUUGCUGCUCAUCAUAUCGGUCAAAGUGUACAGGUGGAGACAGUCUCGCGUCCCGUACGGCUCCAACCUCCCCGUCAUUCCGUAUUAUCCGCCGCGUUACUCCGACACUUUGGGGACGGCGGGGACUCUCCCGCACGUCUACAAUUACGAGGCCUGCGCCACCGCAAAAAGUCACGUGACGAAUACGCAAGCCGUGAGUCAAAGUUUAGUCAGUGUGGAUGGAUCGGACGCUGACGGGCCGCAUGACGUCAAGCAAAUGUCGACUUUGGUGAGUCAAAUUAGUCUGUUUGUUUCAAUUUAUUUUUGUGUGCAUGGUGUGUAUUAUGGAGGAGCCUUGAUCUUAUCUUGAUCCAUAUAUUUCUUUUACUUUUGUGUGGUCAAACCUGAAAGUAAUCAUUCACAGAAAUAGUGCAUCUUCUCGCUUGAAAGGGGAGAUGCAGACUUGGUGGAGGCAGUUCAAAGUACAGGAAACCAUUAAAUUCAUAAGCAAAGAAGAUGUGGAACCCCAAGAGGGCUGACGAGAAGUGAAAGGAAUACACGGACAUUUGAUUUCAGGCAAUGGUAAAGGUUGCAUUAUCGACACCAAAGAAGAAGGAAAGGAUCUCGAGGGGUUGGCCGGACAGAGGGAUGGAGAUGAGCAGAAUGUCCGGCAGGUGAGGGGGAGAUGCAGACUUGGUGGAGGCAGUUCAAAGUACAGGAAACCAUUAAAUUCAUAAGCAAAGAAGAUGUGGAACCCCAAGAGGGCUGACGAGAAGUGAAAGGAAUACACGGACAUUUGAUUUCAGGCAAUGGUAAAGGUUGCAUUAUCGACACCAAAGAAGAAGGAAAGGAUCUCGAGGGGUUGGCCAGACAGAGGGAUGGAGAUGAGCAGAAUGUCCGGCAGGUGAGGGUGAUUAAGGAUGUCGAUGGAAAUGUUGCCAGUAGUGUGUGGAGCACAUGUCAAGAAUACUUUGAGGAGUUGAUAAAUGAGGAAAAAUAGAGAGAAGGAAAAUCAAAUGAGGCAAGUGUCGUGCACCAGAAAGUGGCAAUGAUUAGUAAAGUUGGACUGGGAAAGAUACUGAAUAGGAUGAAAAGCAGGGGAAUGCCUGUGGAGGUAUGGGAGCAAUUUUGACAGUUGGCUCUGGAGUUUUAUUGACCAACUUGUUCAACAGAAUACUAGCGGGUGAGAAGAGGCCUGAGGAAUGAAGACAAAAGCUGCUGGUACCAUUUUUUUUUUUGUUUGUUUUUUUCAAAACAAGAGUGUUGCGCAGGGCUGUGGAAGUUUAGAGGAGGAAAGUUGAUGAGUCUCAAAAUGAAGUUCUUGGAAAGAGUCGUGAAGGCUCGGAUCAGGAAAAAUGUAUUUGUAAGCAACAGUAUUGUUUCGUGCCCAGUUUGAGUACUACAAAUGCAUUGUUUGGCUUGAGAGUGUUGAUGAAGUACAUCGUAGGUCAGAAGGAGCUACGGAGUCAUGCAAAAGCCUGACAGAACCCAGAGAGGAACUUUGGUACUCCAUGCGGAAGUCUAGAGCGGCAAAUAUGAAUUUACCAUGCUCGAAUAAUAAAGGACAUGUAUGAGGUCAUCAGAACAGUGUUGAGGGGUGAGAGAGCAGUGGAAGGUGCAGGCAGGUGUGCAUCAGGGAUUAUACCCAAGCCCCUUCCCGUUUGGAGUGGUGACGGAUGGGAUGACAGGUGAGGUUGGAGUGGAAUCGUCAUGGACGAUGAUGUUCAGAGAUGAGAUUGCGAGUUGCAGUGAAAGCAGGAAGCAGUUGGAGGAACAAUUGGGAGAGUGAAGAUUAAUACAUUAUGUUUACUUUCCAUUUUGUGCAGCAGCAAUACUGAUGAUGUAGUGCUACACACGCCUGCCUUUGGUGCGAGCAGCGUGGGAUCGAUUCCCGCUCAGUGAUGGUGUCGACAUGUGCCCUGCGACUCGCUGCCGACCGGUUCAUG